AUGUCUUUAGCACUAGGAAUUUUUCUUCUUUUCUUUAGAGCUUUGUUUUAUUUAUUAUUUAUUAUUUCUUUUCAGUCGCGAAGCCUUUACAGAAACGCGGCCAUAGGAGCAAGGAAGAGACGAAUGGGCAGAUAAAUGGAAGGACGGGCAGAUAGAUAAUCUCUCAGAAGCACAAAGCCAGGUGCUCACGGGGGCAGACUUCGCAGGGCUGCCCUCCUCCGCCUCCAAAACAAACGGUGGAAUCGACGGGGUGCCCGGACCCCAGAACCGAGCGGUGCCAGCUGCCGAGGGGGCUGCGCCACCGCACGGGUCCCCCCUCCCGCCCCAGGCCAGGUGCUUCCCCCGCAGCCAGAGCCCACCGCCUCCCUUCCCAACUUGGAGGAAGUUCCUCCUCUGUCCCGCGUCCCCCUCUCCCUGCCAGCCUCUCUCCGAGCACAUUUUUAUGGUAAUAAGACAACAAAUUAAUCUGCUGUUGCAACAAGACUUCCCUACAGGUAGCCAGUUUGCGGAAGGGGGGCAAGGGGAAGCAGAUUCAAAGUCCAGGCGCGUCCCCCCCGCAGGACCCCCCCAGCCCCCUUCCUCCCCGGCUGCACAGCCCUGCUGCACUGGGGCAGAUCUCGAAAGUCAGCGGGGGAAAGCAAGACACCCAAGCGGGGAGGAGAGAAGCGAAGAAAAGGCCGCAGCGGAUCUCCUGGUUUGCAGCCGUCCCGGGGAGACGGGCCAUUAGGCAGAGGAGCCAUGGCUCAGAGCUCAGGGAGAGCAGUCUUGAAGUUGAGUUUUAGAGGCGACACGGCGGCUUCAGCCGAUUUCUUCCCCUUCCUUUGCCUCCCCAUGGAUAUGCACUGCAAGGCAGACCCCUUCUCAGCAAUGCACCCAGGGCACGGGGGUGUGAACCAGCUCGGGGGGGUGUUUGUGAACGGCAGGCCCCUACCUGACGUGGUGAGACAAAGGAUAGUCGAGCUGGCUCACCAGGGGGUGCGACCCUGUGACAUUUCCAGGCAGCUGCGGGUCAGCCACGGUUGUGUCAGCAAGAUCCUGGGCAGGUAUUACGAGACGGGGAGCAUCAAGCCCGGCGUGAUCGGUGGCUCCAAACCCAAAGUGGCGACCCCCAAAGUAGUGGAUAAAAUCGCCGAGUACAAGAGACAGAACCCGACGAUGUUCGCCUGGGAGAUCCGGGACAGGCUACUGGCCGAGGGCAUCUGCGACAACGACACGGUCCCCAGCGUCUCCUCCAUAAACAGGAUCAUCAGAACCAAAGUUCAGCAACCUUUUCACCCAACACCAGACGGGAGCGGAACAGGUGUGACUGCACCGGGACAUACUAUCGUGCCCAGCACAGCAUCCCCUCCCGUCUCCAGUGCCUCCAAUGAUCCAGUGGGCUCUUACUCCAUUAACGGGAUCCUGGGGAUUCCUCGGUCGAAUGGCGAGAAGAGGAAACGUGAUGAAGAUGUAUCCGAGGGCUCAGUUCCCAAUGGAGAUUCCCAGAGCAGCGUGGACAGUUUGCGGAAGCACCUUCGUGGCGACACUUUCACCCAGCAGCAGCUGGAAGCUUUAGAUCGAGUUUUUGAGCGUCCUUCUUAUCCUGACGUCUUUCAAACAUCAGAGCACAUCAAAUCUGAGCAGGGUAAUGAGUACUCCCUCCCAGCUCUGACCCCUGGUCUCGAUGAAGUCAAAUCAAGUCUAUCCAGCUCUGCUAACCCAGACCUGGGGACAAAUGUGUCAGGACCCCAGACGUACCCUGUGGUGACCGGUCGUGAUAUGGCAAGCACCACUUUGCCUGGCUACCCACCCCAUGUUCCCCCAACUGGACAAGGCAGCUACCCAACCUCAACUCUUGCAGGAAUGGUUCCUGGGAGCGAAUUCUCAGGGAACCCCUACAGCCACCCUCAGUACACAACCUACAACGAGGCCUGGCGGUUCAGCAACCCUGCAUUACUAAGUUCCCCUUAUUAUUAUAGUGCCACAUCCCGGGGCUCCGCACUCCCACUGCUGCCGCUGCCUAUGACCGCCACUAGUUACCAUGGAAACCACAUGAAACUGCAGGGUGACAGCUUAGGCCUCCACAUUGUACCUGUCUGAUCACCUCCCUUCAUCCCUGGGAAGGGUGAAGAGACCUUCUUUGUUGCUCCUCACAGUCCAGUUCUGUCCUCUUUGACACGAAGGCAUCGGACCAAGCGCUCACCACACAAGACUGAGACCCCUGCCGUUCCCAUGCCCUCCACCCUGACCGCUCCCCCUUGCUGGGAAGAGCCUACGGCCAAGUGGCAUCUCCUGUGGGAGCCCUCCACUGCGCCUGGGCAGCUCAGCCAUGCAGUCUCCUUGGCUUCCAGGAUUUGAGGGAACUGGGAAGCAAUGCAGCUGGCAACCAUUGCCUUACCGGACCUCCUUCUUCUGGGAGCAGUAAGGGCCGGGAAAGCAGGGGAGAAUACCGCUCAUGAAACACUGUUCCCCAAAGAUAUGUUCUGCUGUGGUGGACUCCUCAAUAUGUAUAACCUGUGAUGCUCACCCUGUUUCCCAGGACAGAGGGAACAGUCUGGCUAGAGCAGAGAUGGCAGUACAGAGACCUGGACCAUCUAGCAAUGAAGAAAAGGACCAAGUUAACUAUCUGCAUCUCGUGAGGGGUUCUCUGUGCACCUCAUCCCUGCUCUCCAGCGUGGCUUCCCCCAUAGUUGGCUGCACCUCAUGCAUGGUGACUUUGCAGGCCAGAGUCGGGAGGAACUUCACACAUACACCCACAAUUUCUGUGACACACAAUCAGCUCAGACAGAGGAUGGAGCAACAUCUACAAACCAACCAACGAAAUGAAGAAAUAUAUAAAUAGAUAUAUAAAUAUAACUGUGUUUUUAUGCUUUGUCAUGAAGGUCUGUAAAAAGGAAAAAAAAAAAAAGAACAAAACCCCAAUUUUCUAAAAAACCCAAGCAAACAAAAACAACAAAAAAACCAAAAUAAUAAUUAAAAAAACCCUACAAAAAUAAAACUCCAAGUCCCAUCCGUCCAGCCACUUGAAUGGCAGACGAGUUCCUCUGACGUUUGAUGCUCCUCUUUCACUCUAGGGUUUUGUUUCUUUUCUGUUUUGCACUACAAUGGGAUGGUGGUAUUGGAGAGGAUUGGAUACCAGCUCCACCCUGGUUGCCUCCUCCUCCUUCCCCUUUCCCAAACCCUGUCUCUGGGGAGCAGUGUGGACAAGUUACAUCUGACAAAGUUACCAAACACAUCAGUCAACAAAAAAGCACUCUGAGUCAACAAACGUUUUCCAUGCCACUGGUUGGCAAACAAAGAAAACAAGCCCAGCUGCGCUCUAACUGCGCUGUGUGGCAGGAAGGAGAGUGUGGGCCUUCACACAGGCCCAUCUGAUUGCCCUCUGGACAGAUGAGACUGAGAUGGACAAAUUCAGGAUUGGCUGGGAUUAUUGCUUGGUUCCCUAGCCCUUAGCCACCUACUGCUCCUUCUACCUUAACCCCUGUACUCGUCAUGACUUCAGUUCACUCACAUCCCAACUUCUACAAUUUUAGAUAUGCCCAAUGCCCAUUCUCCAGAUCCCCACAGUGGAUGACAACAGUCUCAUUAUCUGUGCCCAGCACCUAAUCUCCUAACCACUACAGCCUUGCUAUACGAGCCCACUUCAAUUCCCAGUCCAUCUGCUCAUACACCUACUAAUUUAUAGGCCUCCAUCCUCCAUUCAAAUCCAUGUGCCUGCAUCCUACCAGCCACUCCCAACAUACAGUCCCAUCUCUUCAUCUUCCUGUAUUGUGCACCCUAAUAUUUACCCCUUAUCCCAAAUGCUCACCUGAUGAUUCUCUAGGGAUUCUCUGCUCCUUUUUGGUUCCCAAGUGACUGGCAAACACUGUUCUGCGAAAGGCUGUCAAUAGAAAUGCUUAUCACUCCUGUAUUGUCAGCAAACUCAUAAACUGUUCCUUGCACUGACACUUCCCAAAAAAUACUCAAAGAAAACAUGAAGGCAGCUAUAGCCUGUCCCCAAGGCAUCAAGUCUGCCGAAGUGGAUCCUUGUUGUUUAAGUGAGGUUUCAGAUAAAACUCAUGGGCUACUGUCCAUGGACAAAGACAGGAUUGAGAAUCAAACCCCGAAAGGGCAUAAAAGUGAACAGCGGAGCAAUCUGUACAGCCAACAUUAUGUAUAAAAUCCAAAGUUCUCAGCCUCGAAGGAGAUGUGGUUGUGGACUCAGUAUUCUGUCUCCAAGUUUAACUUGUAUGUAUGAAAUCCAUCAUCAGUAAUCAGCUGUGUUGAUCCCAAAGGCCCCUUUCACCUAACACUUUUAGCCCUUGCAUGGGUCUGUGAUUAUAGGUCUGUGUCUUCUUUAACAGGAUGCCCAAAUGAUAAGGGUAUUUGGGGGGGGUGGGGGGGAUGUUUACAUAGAAGAUAUAGAGCUAAAAUCUGUUCCUGUACAGAAUAAAAUCAAAGAGGUUACUCCUGAUCUAUUAAAAGUGUUGUUCCACACGUUUUACCUCUGAGUAACCUGAUGCAAACAGAGUCAUUACACCAUCACCAAGACCAGAAUUUGGCCCAUUAUCUCAUCUUAUUCUAUACAAGAAUAAAAUCCUAAGUAAUUUCUAAAAAAGUACUUUCACCACUCCUGUUUUCCUCCACAGACACCAGAUAGAUGAUGGAGUCUCCAUUUCAGCCUCUCAGUACAGCCCUUGCUCUACUUGUGUGCCACCUGGUUUCAGUCAGCAGGUGGUUGGGGCAGAGGCAGUAAAUCCCUGGACCAGCAAGGAGAACCUCCUGGGGAGGCUAGAGAAAAGGAGACUGUCAUGCCUUACAUGGGAACCUGCAGCCCAGGGGCCAUCUCAAAAGAAGCUAGCAGCUCAGAAAUGCUUAUUUUUGUAAUGGUGUUUUGCUAAACUUGAGACACAAGCUAGGGUAUGAAAACAGGAUUUGGUUGGCUCACUCAUGGCUGGCUUGAUUUGACACUCGGAGGGCCAAAUCCAUUGUUGGUGUAACUCCAGUGCUAAAAGAGGAUUUCCACCAGGCAUUGGAUUGGUCUGGAAACUUCAUAAGUAUGGCAUGUAGUUUGACCAGGAAAAUUAAAAGGAAAGCAGAAUUAUGCAAAGGACUGGGCAGUCUAAUCCUCUUCCACCACCAUCUGUAGAAUCCCAUGCGAAUGUACUGAAUUACAUUUGCCAAAGAGUUUCUUGUGUUGGUUGUUUUGAUUUACAGUCGGUGGAUGCAUUGUAAAGCAGUAUUAUAGCUAAAGUCUAGUAGCUGACACAGGGAUUUAUGUGGUGAUAUUAUGCAGAAGAAAACCAUCAAUAUUCAUAUAGAUUCCAUUAGACUGGACUAUGCAGGAAACGCAAGAAUUCUACCAAUUAUUUAAUAUUAUGUUAUUUGCAAAAACAAUUGCUGCUUUGUAGGAAGAUAAUGUGUGUAAUGUGAAGGCAAUUCCUCUUGUAUAUAAGUUCAUUUCCAUCUUCAUCAUGGUAGUUAUUAAAACAGCCUCGUCUCAUCCUGUAGAUAAGGAACACACUGUCUGUACUGUGCAAGUCUCGUUGUGCUCACUGAAAACAAAACAAUGUGUUCAAUAAAGCACAGCACAAAUCUGGAACCUAAGGGAACAGCCAAACCUUGGAAGGACCCCUUCUCCAACAAGCCAACAGUUGCAGUUGCUUUGUUAUAGAUGGAUAUUUUUUUUCCCAAUUUUUGUUUCAAAAGUUUUACAGGGAAAAUGAAGAAGAAUUGGGGGAAGAAACCACUAUGCAAAAUCCAGUGAAGUCUACCACUCGCAUCUCUCUCCUCCACUCUACUGUCUCUUCCCUUUCUCCAGUUUCUUUCUCACACCCUUUCCCUUCCAUUUCUAUCUCUCUCUUUUGUUAUUCUUCAUCCUCAAUCCAUUUUUCUAUCCAGAGAGGCAACAGCAAUGAUGAUAAGAGAACAGGUGUCUGGGAACUCAAACUCCCCAAUUCUCCUUGUUGCUCUAGAGAACAUUUGUCAAGUCCAAUUUCCCCACUAUGCCUCAAUUCCAAUCUUCUGUAAAAUGGGGAUAACAAUAGUUCCCAAUUCAUAGGCGGAUUACGCAGUUAAAUUAAUUAGCACUGGCUCAGUGCUUUGAGGUCCUGGAAAGAAAAUUCUAUCAAAGUGUUAAGUAUUCUUCUGAAUAAUAAUUAAUGUUUCCAUUACAUUUCUUUCUUUUCCUUUUUCUCACAAAUCAUUCUUUGUUUGAUUAUUCUUCUUCCAUAGCUCUCCCUUCACUUCUUUCUUCUUCUACCAUUCUUAGCUCUGCUGCUACUAUUGCUUUAUCUACCAGACCUAGAAGAAAUGUGAGACUGGAUCUCCUUCUGUCAUCAUUUCUUCACAGGGGAGGAAUCUCAUGAGUUCUCAAAUGCCAUACUUGUUGGAAGCAACAGUGACCAUGGCAUUUAAAACUGGGCAGCGCUUUCAAGGUCUGUUCUCUAAAGCUCCCAUCUCGCUUUGGCCCAAUGAGAUAUGGAGCAAGAAGGAAGGAGGUUUGCACAGGGUGGUUACAGUAAAGCUGAAACCCUUGUGACUUGUAAAUCUGUUGGGGAGUGUUGGUGGCAAUGAGCCCUGCUGUGGAAAUAGAGAGAAGUCUGCAUGCUUUCUGACCCAUCGGUAGCAAUGAUUCAGCUUCAGAGUAUGACUUCAGAAUUAAUCACAAACUGAAUGUGAGGAUGUUAAAGAACAAAAGGAAAACAAAAAAACCCUGCACCUCUUUCUCCUUGAGUAUAUAAUUAUAUAUGCACAUAAACAUUUCCCUAAAGGAAUUUUUGGUUUUGAAACUGAACUGUUGGAGAAAAACCCCAAUCCUCUUGUUCCUAAGGAAAAGCAUUCCUCUGGAAAAAGAAAUAAGAAUCAUAGCUGCCCCCUUUGGCACUCACAGAAUGAUGGUUUCUGAGGGACCUCACAAAUACCACAAUGUGCUCCUUGGCUGGGCCCAGGACAGUGGCAAAAUUGCAAAGCAGGAAGGAGGGACCAAACAGUGACAAUUACAGAACUGAUGAGAAAUCCAACUGUAAGCAGCUCUACGGAUGCUCUCCAGGCUAAGAUAGACAUGAGAGUGGGGAAGGGGCCAGUGCCAGGUGCAGGGUCAUAUCCAUUCUAGGCUGCUGCAGCCACUCUUGGCUUUUCCUCAUUGCUUCAGUUCUGACUUUUUUAUUUUCUCUU